AUGGUUCGUUUAAACUCUGUUCAUACGGCAGAGAUCACCUCGCGUCCAACUCAUAGAAGGUCUAGGUAUGUCCCCUAUGAGAAGACAGGCCCAACGCAGAGGUGGAAGGCAAGGAGCAACUCUGAUGCUGGUCAUGAGUCUAAGUCACAGCACGAGUCUUCAGGUCAAGGUUUGAACUCUUGUUUCAAUGAUGGAUCUUCGGCUGCUCAGGAAGAAGGGGAUACGAGAGCAGAUAACCAAUGGAGUAGUGGGAAGAGACUAUUGAGUCAAAUUGUAAGUCCUGGUCAGAUGCUUCAUGAUGACCACGUAACUAAACGUAUCACUCCGUGGUUACUUACUUACUCUCCUACGGAGAAGUUGGUGCCGAUGGAUGCUCAGAUCAUAGGAGCUUUACAUGAUUCUGAGGCCAUGGAAACAGGCAAGGAAGGCGGAGAGAUGGCGGUUGAGAAAGAUGAGGGUGUUGAUUUGCUAGGUGAAGAACUAUUGGAAAUGGAGGCAAGCCAUAUACAGAGCACGGAGGAAGAUAGAGGACGGGUAGAUAUGGCAACACGCGAGAAGCCGAAACAAUCAUCAUCGCAUAGAGGAGGAGGAAGACCUCGGAUUCCCAUGGGGGUACAAAAGUUCAAACAGUUCUCGUAG